ACAUGGACAUUAAUUUAUUACGGUGUUGGUGUUAUCUGAAAACACGUGCAAAUAUGUCGUUUUAAGAUUCGACAUAAUUUGAUAUUUGUGAUAAUUUAAUUUUCUAUUAAGAUAGAGUUAAAUAUAUUCGAUUACUUUAUAUUAUGAAUAAAAAUAUAAAUUAAUUCAAGAUGCCAGACAUGAAAUAUAUUUUAGUGACUGGAGGUGUGAUCAGUGGCGUGGGAAAAGGUGUCAUUGCAAGUUCUUUUGGCACGAUUUUAAAAAGCUGUGGUAUUGAUGUAACAUCCAUAAAAAUCGAUCCUUACAUAAAUAUCGAUGCUGGAACUUUCUCUCCAUACGAACAUGGCGAAGUUUACGUUCUUGACGACGGCGGGGAAGUUGACCUUGAUCUUGGAAACUAUGAGCGCUUCUUGGAUAUAACUCUGCAUAGAGACAAUAAUAUAACAACUGGUAAAAUAUAUCAGCAAGUGAUUGAACGAGAACGUCGGGGUGACUAUCUUGGUAAAACUGUCCAAGUUAUUCCACACAUAACUGAUGCUGUACAGGAAUGGGUUCAGAGAGUUGCUCGCAUACCAGUGACUGCUGACAACACACCACCAAGAGUAUGCAUAGUGGAGUUGGGUGGAACUAUUGGUGACAUUGAAGGCAUGUCCUUUGUAGAAGCAUUCCGACAGUUCCAAUUUAGAGUUAAAAGAGAAAAUUUUUGCUGUGCUCAUGUCUCGUUAGUUCCCAUGCCGAAAGCUACAGGUGAACCUAAGACAAAGCCUACACAGUCAUCAGUCAGAGAAUUGCGUGGUCUUGGGCUCUCACCAGAUUUGAUUCUGUGCCGCUCUGAGAAACCUAUAAACCACAAUGUUAAAGAAAAGAUUUCAAACUUCUGUCAUGUUGCUCCGGAACAAGUUAUAUGCAUUCACGACUUAAACUCCGUGUAUCAUGUACCCAUGUUGAUGGAAGCUCAAGGGGUAGUACAAUAUUUAAAUGAGAGGCUUCAAUUAAAUAUAUCUAUGCCCCGCCCAGGCAGUUUUAUGAAAAAAUGGCGCAAUUUAGCCAAACGAGUAGAGAACCUUCGUAGAGAAGUGAAUAUUUCUCUGGUUGGUAAAUACACAAAGUUGGAAGACAGCUAUGCAAGUGUUACUAAGGCAUUACAGCACGCUUGUAUUACAGCUGGCUGUAAACUCAAUUUGACGUACAUUGAGGCAGUAAAUCUUGAAAAACAGAGUAAAAUAGAUGACCCUGUUGGCUAUCAUAAAGCGUGGCAGGACCUAUGUAAGAGUGAUGGUGUUAUAGUACCAGGAGGUUUUGGGCAAAGAGGACUGGAAGGAAAGAUUGAAGCAUGUAAUUGGUGCAGAGAAACACAAAAGCCGAUGCUUGGUAUUUGUUUAGGUCUACAGGCAGCAGUUAUAGAAUUUGCUAGAAAUGUGUUAGGACUUUCUGAAGCGAAUAGUACAGAAGUGGACCCGAAUUGCGCAGAUAAAUUAGUUAUAGACAUGCCAGAACAUCAUCCAGGAAAACUGGGUGGUACCAUGAGGUUGGGGAAAAGGAAAACUAUUUUGGAACCCAGUAUUAUAUCUUCAUUAUACAAGAAGGACGAAAUAGAAGAGCGACACAGACAUAGAUACGAAGUGAACCCGGAAUAUAUAGAUAGGUUGGAGGCAGCUGGUCUGCGGUUUGUUGGCAAAGAUGAGACCAAGACUCGUAUGGAAGUGGCUAUUGUAGACACACACCCUUACUAUGUAACAGUGCAGUUCCACCCCGAAUAUCUCUCAAGGCCAUUAUCACCCAGCCCACCUUUCUUAGGACUCAUCUUAGCGGCAACAGGUAAAUUAAAGAGCUACUUAUCAAAGGGAUGUAGAUUUAGCCCAAGAAGUCAGUCCGAUGUUAGUUCCGAUGAAGGUGACUUAGAUGAAGAAAUAUCUUUUGGUACACUAAACAUUAGCAACAAAAAAAAUGGGAGUAUUGAGUCAGAGGUGAAUGGUAUACAUUAAGUAUAAUUUUAAGUUCAAAUAAUAACUUGCAUAUAAUAAGAUUAUUUUUGACCGUGUAUUGCUAAGAAUCAUAAAAACUUAGUUAUAGUUCUCUCUUUUCACGAUACCAGUUCUAUAUUAAUGUAGUAAUUGCUAUACAAUCCUUGAAUUGUAAUAAAACAGUGUACAUGUAACACAUACCAGUGAGCUUUUCACCAACUUAAGAAUUGGGUUAUUUAUUUGUUGUGUAAUAUUUAUAGUUCAAUUUCAGGUUUGUAUAAACCACUCAAACACAAAAAUUGUGUAUCUGGCUUUUUUUUUAAUACUGCUAAAUAAUAUUUAUGUGGUUAUCAACCUUACCUAUUGAUUCAAAGAAUUCAUUCAUUUCGUCAAGUUUUUGUAUAAUAUUCGAUAUGCUUAUGCUAGUUCAUAGCACGAAUUAAGCGUUCAACGAUUUUCAUACAUUUGUUUUUAAUUACUACACGAAUACUAUUCGAAUCCGAAAAUCGUGCGUUUUACUGUUCCACAUAUACCCACCGCAGUGCUCAAUUUAAACGUGUAUUAUUUUAGUUAUAUUACCCUCGUAUCUCUCGGGAUUGUUUCUUUACAAAAGAAUGCUUUCGGUGAAAAGCACCAAUAUUGGCGAAAGACAAAACGACAUGUAAAACAUGUAAUAAGAACUAUAAUAUUGAAAUUUUAUCGUAACGUAUAGACGAUACUAUGUCAAGUUUUUGAAAGCUAUAUACAUGUUAUACCAUGGGAUCGGUUAGUGAAAAUUAUUUUAUCAUCUGUAGUUUGUAAGAUUAAGUGAUAUGAUAAUUCAUACCAUUAUACAAAAUUAUCAGAAUCUCCUAUUCGGUAUUGCCAGUAAUUAAUAUUUUAUGACAUUUAAUUGUAUUUGUAUAAACACGUUUAAAACUUAAAUGGUGUAUUUUUAAAUAUAUAAUCAGUCUAGACAACCAUAGAAAUCAUCAUGAUUACUAGAAAUUACAUAAUAUACUAGCGUCACACUUCCUGUACAAAAAUAAUACACACAUACACUAACAACAUAUAGUUUUUUAUCUGAACUUCAAAACCUUAAACAACAAUUAUUACUGUCUCACACGACACUUAAUAUAUACCGGAGUUUUGAGAACUUUAAUUUGAUGUCACCGUAAAAUGUAAAUACCGUUAGGUUGUAAUCUAUCGAAGUGAAUAUGUAUACUAUCUGUAAAAAAAUACACUUAUUAUCAUCCAAGUGUGUACCUUAUCCAGAUGAUAGUAAUUUUAUGUAAUUAUUAAAUCCUAUACUUAAUUGUGGUAACAUACCUUUCAAAUGUUUUAUUGAUAAUACAUUGCUUGCUCUGUUUGAAACUGUGUAGUAUAUAUGACAUUUUGCAUCGCACCAAUGAAAAUUAAAUCCAGACUAAACUUACACGAGGUAAUCAGAUAGUAAUCAACUAGGGAUAUGAAAGUGUAAAACGACAGUCGUUGCGUUCGAUUGUGAUCUGUCAAGCGUUGAUACAUGACGCAACAUGUCAUGUGUACGCGCAUAAUCGUUUUAUAACCUCACUCCCGUCUUGUAUGUCAUGUAAUGUAACUUCAAACCGUCGUCAGCGGUAAAACAAAUAUUAUGGAUUUGUUCGCAGGAAUUGUAAUUGUAAAGGGCACUAGACCUUUAAGCCUUCUACGCCAUUUCUAGUAUAUUACUAUUACGAUUUCUAUGUAUUGUUUUGUUUCCAAUAAUAAUGUGUAUUGAUAUAUAUGAUUUGAAAAUACAACCACUAAUGUUUUUGACAUAUUUUGUCUUAUCUGUUGUAAUAAGCAUAAUACUUUUGAAAUAUUGUUAUAGCACUUCUGUCUAAACCAAACUUUACAGUGCUGGUUUAUCACAAUACUUUAUAUGUAUUAUAGUUUUAAAUGUUUGUUGUAAAAAUGUUUUACCAUUUGCGUUAAUUAUAUAUAAAUUUUAGAAAAGAAAAUGUAUGUUCGCUUUUAUAACAGGUAUUGCAUCUAAUAAAAAAUGUGAUUGUAUGGCUGUUAGUCGCUACAAAAGGAAUGUAGGUUUAUAACGUAUUAGCGUUUUUUCUGCUACAAAAUAUCAACGUAUUUUGGUAAUCUAUUUUUCAUCUCUAACUCCGUAAAAUGUCUAAUGUUGUAACCAUUCCAGUUAAAGAACAAUAAAUAAUUGA